AUGCAUCGGAGCUCCCUCACCGCCCUCCGAUGGAGCCUCCGCGAUCGCUCAAGGCGCUCUCCCAUGGACUGCUUUCGUGUGCCGUUCCUUAAGAUCCCUAGGCGGUUCCUCUCCCCUCUUUCUACAGUUCAGCCACCGCAGCUGCCGCCGCCGCCGCCGCCGAGGUUCCAGCGACAUCAUCCUCGGGAUCUCACCUGGUCCUCUGCCGCGGCCGGUGCUUCCGUGGAUCCCUCCUCUCUGAUCAAGGAGGAUGGGAUAGCCAUCUGCUCGUCUCUGUGGAUCGACAGCUUCCGGGACCCCGGCCAAACGAUCACCAACGUCACCUCCUACCUACGCCGCCUCGAGCUCUGGGUCAUCGCCUAUCAGAAGGUCGCUGCCGACGAUACCGGUUCCUACGUCCCCAAGAACACCAUCCCUCCUCAUGCUCUCGAAGGCCUCCUCGCCCUCCGCAAUGCGGUUCUCGACGGCCGCUUCCGCUGGGGCUCUCGGUUGGAGUUCCACGUAAGGUCCCCUAGGGACAAGACCGACCUCGAGGCUCUCUCCAAGAGGAAGAUCCGCAUCCUGCUCACCACCUCCCAGCCGCCGCCGUUCCAGGACCGGAUCGUCCAGGAGGUCCUGCUCAUGAUCCUCGAGCCCAUCUACGAGGCGCGGUUCUCCCAGAAGUCCUUUGCCUUUCGGCCGGGGCGCACCGCUCAUACCGUGAUCAGAGUAAUUCGACGGAGCUUCGCGGGGUACCUUUGGUAUAUGAAGGCGGAUGUGAGUACUCUUCUCGAUGGGGCAAAUGUGGGUCUUGUGAUUAAUGCGCUGUUGAGAGAUGUCAGGGAUAAGAAAGUUGUGGAUUUAAUUAAAUCAGCUCUUGUGACGCCGGUGAUCACCGGGCGCCCAGAUGAUGAGGAAGCUCUUAGGAAGAAGAGGAAGAAGAGAAAAUACCAGAAGAAGAAGGUGCUGGCGGAGGACGAGCCAAAGCCGGAUCCCUACUGGUUACAGUCGUUCUUCGGGUUCGCACCAGAGGAGGCAGAGAAGCUGCCCAAUUGGGGGCACUGUGGAGUACUCAGCCCUUUGCUGGUGAAUGUUGUGCUCGAUGAACUGGACCAAUGGAUGGAAGAGAAGAUUAAGGAGUUCUACCAUCCAUCUAAGACGGAUGUUAUAUGGAACAGUGAGGACCCAGAAGGAGGGGAGCGAGAGCAUGGAAACACCUCAUGGCCAGAGUUUGUCCCCACGAGUGGGCCUGACAAGACUCGGAAGGUGGAUUUCGUACGCUAUGGUGGGCAUAUUUUAAUUGGUGUGAGGGGGCCGAGGGCUGAUGCUGCCACGCUAAGGAAGCAGCUGAUUGACUUCUGUGACCAGAAGUAUUCUCUCAAGAUGGACAAUGAGAGCCUUCCCAUUGAACACAUCACCAAGGGUAUAAUGUUCCUGGACCAUGUGCUCUGCCGUCGUGUGGUGUACCCGACACUGAGGUACACUGCAACAGGAGGCAAGAUCAUCAGUGAGAAGGGUGUAGGUACGCUUUUAUCAGUUUCGGCUAGCUUGAGGCAGUGCAUCAAGCAGUUUCGGAAGUUGGAGUUUUUGAAGGGUGACAGGGAUCCUGACCCACAACCAUGUUUCCGAAUGUUCCAUGCUACUCAGGCCCACACUAAUGCUCAGAUGAACAAGUUUCUGUGCACCAUGGCCGAAUGGUACAGAUAUGCAGAUAAUCGUAAGAAGGUCGUGAACUUUUGUUCUUACAUCAUUAGAGGGUCUCUGGCUAAGCUUUAUGCUGCCAAAUAUAAACUGCGGUCAAGAGCAAAGGUUUAUAAAAUUGCUUCAAGGAACCUCAGCCGGCCAUUAAAAGACAAGAAGGGGCAGUCACCAGAGUAUCACAACUUGCUGAGAAUGGGUCUAGUGGACUCCAUUGAUGGGCUGCAUUACACCCGUAUGUCUCUGGUUCCAGAUACGGAUUAUACUCCUUUUCCAAGUGGCUGGAGGCCAGAUCAUGAGAAGAUCUUGUUGGAGUACAUAAAGCUUCAGAACCCUAGAGCUCUGGAAGAGCAGCUGAAUGCCCUCCGGGAACAGGGUCUUCUAACACCACAAGAUUAUAUUUCGUUGCUUGUUUGGAACUACAAGAAGAAUACAAAUUUGUUGCCUGCUGGAGAUGGUAGUGACACUCAGAAAGCCAAAGAUUUGUUGUUGGAACUGGCUGGUGGAGGCUUGAAGAGUGACAUUGAAGAGACGGAUGGAAGGAAAGUGAUUCCAGUGGGUGUAAAAAAAUGA